CGAGACGCGCAGUUGAGAGAACCGUUACUUUCCAUCAUUAGUCUAUCAUUUGUAUAGCCAAUUUAGGAUUUUUUAAAUCGACCUAAUCCUAGUUGAUUCAAGUUGCAACUAUCUACCGAGAGAGUAAAAAUGUAUCUAUAAAGGCAGACUUUGACCGUUUUUCAUCAUUUGUUUUUAUUGUAGCCUCCGGUAUUUGCGUAGGAGGGACAGGCAUCACCAAAACGGAGCGCACAAAGCCAUUGCGCGCAGUACCACGUCAUUCUGUCAAACUUAUUGAAACUUGUUUUGUUACUUUCUAGCAAGAUAUACUUAAUUUUCUUUCAGAUAAUAUUUAGAUAGGUGGGGAGUCGGGGGAGAUGAUAACAGGGUUUCGACUGAACUUGGCGCCUCUCAAGGAACCGCUGGGAUUCAUCAAAUUUGUAGAAUGGCUGACAGCCAUCUUUGCGUUUGGGAGCUGUGGGGGGUAUUCUGGCAGGAAUAUCGUGUCACUCUUCUGCAGAGAAGGAAGGAACGAGACACUGAAUGCUACUUUUAGCUAUCCUUUCAGGUUAAACCUGGUUGCUCUAGUGGAGGGCAACACCACUCUGUGUAACCACUCUGUGCCCGUCACCCACCUGGUGGGAGACUUCGCCUCCUCGGCCCAGUUCUUUGUGGGCGUGGCCAUCAUCUGCUUCCUGUACUCUAUAGUGGCGUUGCUCGUCUACCUGGGCUACAUGCACGUGUACAAGGACUCUGACUUCGGCCCUAUGUUUGAUUUUGGUCUGACGGCAGCGAUUGCCUUCCUGUGGCUAGUGUGUUCCUCAGCAUGGGCCAAGGGGCUGCAGAACGUGAAGGAUGCCACCGGGACAGCGGGCAUCACCUCCACACUGGCACUCUGCAAGGAGAGCGAUGUGGCCUGCGAGGUCACUGAUUUUGCCAACAUGCGCACCCUCAAUGUCUCGGUGGUGUUUGGGUACCUGAAUCUGAUCGUGUGGGCUGGCAACGCCUGGAUUGUGUACAAGGAGACCCGCUGCCACUCUCAGAAGUACACUGCCCAGCACGGGGCUGGGGCCGGGCGUGGACAACAAGUCCCUGCUGCUAUCUAAUACUCUACUCCACUUCCAAUGCCCAAAAUAGCCCCUACACACCCUAAGUACUCCUGUAGAUCUGAGAGGAUUGGAUAGACACACUCGACGUUUUAUGGUAAUAGGCAGCUUCAUCUUGCCUGCUGAUUGUCUGGGUGGAAACAGCCAUAUUUUUACUGUGCCUUAAUUAUCAAUAUCUAUGCUUUGUCAAAUAUAUCUGUGCCUUCAAUACCUGUCCCAAUAUUGGGCCAUGCCUUUCUGUGCCUUAGCAUGCUAAUGCUUUCUCUCCUCGUGCCUUCUCUAACUUCUAAACCGGUGCCUUCUCUUACCAGUAAACCUCACAAACCCCUGGUACGUUCUCCUAAGCUGUGGUACAGACUCAUUGACAGCAUUUGUGCACUUUGACCUGCAACUACAUUGUCUUUGUUCUGGGCAUUUCUACCAAACCCUAACCUGGGAUGAUUCAGAUUCUUAAACAAUGUGUUCUUUCACCUCAUGGCCUAGUAGGAAUCCUGAUCUGUCCUCACUUGCCUCUUUUUGCCAAGUGUGGCAGUCUUGCUUUUGUCCCUCUCCUUGCCCCAACCUGGGCUCGAACCAGGGACACUCUGAACACAUCAACAACUGCCUCCCACGAAGCAUCAUUAUCCAUCAUUUUUUUAUUAUGUUCUUUAGUCCGCCAUGUUUUUUGUACUUUGUAUUAUGUUGUUUGUUGAACCACAGCCACUAAGAAAUUGUGCACUGUCUGUGCAUGUGCUGGCUUUAUGUUUUGAAAUCCCCUGUUUUUUUAUGAUUGCUUAAUCAAUUAUUAUUUCCUGUCAUUACCUUUGCAUUUCUGAUCUAUUUUCUGUUAUUACCUUUGAUCUAAUAAAAGUGUAGUAACUUGAAGUGCCUGUGUAUGGAAGGCCAACGCUGAGUGUGUGUGUGUUUGUAAUGUCUGGUAUACUGGUUAUGCCUCUGUCUUCCUCUUGUAAUCAUCAGACCAACUUGAGCUUGAUGGAGGAUUUUUAUGUAUCUGCCCUGUUGUGGAGAGAGACGGAGCUGUCCUUUCCACAACAUGCAAAUUAUGAAUGUCUUCUUUCUUUUUGAAUAAAAACCAAUGCAU